AUGUGUGUCACAGACGUAAUCCAUUACAUGUGCAGCAUCUGCAACACCCGUCUAGGAAAACCACGUCGACGAGUCCUCGAGCAUUGUUGCGCUGUCAUCCUGAACGGCAAAACCGCCAACACUGCGGCGUCCUCUACGACACUGUCCCUGAACCGUCCGCUUCCGAUCUGGCACUCCAUCAUUCGGGACUUGAGUUUGAAGUCUUGA